AUGGCGCGGUGCGAUUUGGCCGACCCUGCGGCACGGCCCCUUUCCACGUCUCCCAAAACCGUCGCGAGCAACAGUGCGGCAGUGGCGAACCCAACAGAGGUCGACUGGGAUGGUGACGCUGAUCCUUCAAACCCCAUGAACUGGAGCUUCUGGUAUCGAUGGUGCCACAUCGUCGUGAUAUCGCUGCUCACGUUCGUCACGUCUCUAGGCUCCUCCAUGCUGGCCCCUGCAGUCCCCGAUGUUAUGAGGUCACUAGGCUCCGACAACGCGGAGUUGGAAUCGUUUGUAGUAUCAAUCUAUGUCAUUGGAUAUGCUUUAGGCCCGCUUAUCGCUGCCCCCAUGUCGGAGAUAUAUGGGCGUAGCAUAGUUAUAACGUGUCGAACGUGCUCUUCCUCGGUGCGACAAUUGGAUGCGCACUGAGUACUAAUGUGGGAAUGUUUCUUGUCUUCCGGUUAAUCUCCGGCUGUGCUGGAGUGACACCCCUCGCCCUGGGAGGGGGCUCAAUUGGGGACCUAAUGGCUCCCGAGAAAAUGGGGACUGCGAUGGCGAUUUGGGGACUCGGAUCUCUGGUGGCUCCGGUUUUUGCCCCUAUCGCUGGAGGGUAUCUCAGUGAAAAUGUUGGUUGGAGAUGGAUCUUCUGGGUCAUAACUAUUCCGAUGGCUGUUUUAACGAUAUUGUCAAUCGUGACCCUUCGUGAAACGUAUGCCCCCAUACUGCUGGAACGAAAAGCACGGCGCCUACGAAGAGAGACGGGAGAUCGUGAUCUCAGGUCACGUUCAGCUACACCGAAAUCGCAACAUGAGGUUUUUUUUUAUGCUCUUGUGCGCCCUUUAAAGAUGCUCCUGACUUCCCCGGUUGUCAUGAUGCUUGCAUUUGACGUGGCUGUAGUCUAUGGAUACCAAUACCUGGUUUUUACCACACUGUCAUACAUUUUCCAAGAUGUGUACCAUCUCUCGACAGGCCUGUCCGGGCUGGUUUAUCUUGGGGAUGGGAUAGGCACAAUAUUAGGGAUAUUCUCCAUCGGUUACGCAUCUGAUAAGGUUGCUGAGAGAAAGAAAGGAAGACUAAGUGCACCAGACGAAACAUUGCCACCAGAAAGCUGGUUAUGGCCCAUGAUACCAGCUAGCCUUCUGACACCAAUCGGUCUCCUGUGGUACGGCUGGUCACUACAGGCCGGGUUAUUUCCAGUUGUGCCUUUGGUGGGUCUCGGCGUGUUUGGCUUCGGGAUGAUGGGCAUCUUUCAGCCUGUGCAGAUCUAUCUGGUAAAUGCAUUCCCAAUACAUUCGGCAUCAGCCCUCGCAGCGAGCAACUUGCUGAGAAGUUUAGUGGGUGCACUGUUGCCACUUGGAGGGCACCGAAUGUAUGACACCAUGGGGCUUGGAUGGGGGAAUAGUCUACUGGCCUUUAUUGCGUUGGCAAUGGCGCCGGUCCCGAUUAUCUUGAUGAAGUUUGGGGAACGAAUGAGGCUGAGCGAUAGAAAUAUUGAAAAUGGAAGGACUCAAGGUUUUACGAGCUGA